ACCACUGGAAUCGCCUGCGCCGAGCUAGCUACAGCCUACAGGCUGCUCUCUUUAUACUAGUCCCCCGCAUGCUCCUGCUUACCCGUCGUCUAGCUCCGAUCCAUUUUCUGCCGCGCCGUUGUUCUUGCUCGGCGCGACGUAUCCGCGAACGGGCCGGGGGGGAGAAGACUUCCUCUUGAUUGAUCUGCCGCGGGCUGCUGUUCGGCCGUACAUGUGUUGAUGAUGGUUGCUGAAGGCCGGAGCCGCGGCGGCGGCGGCGGCGCGGAUGGGGUGAUGAAGGGGCGGAGGGAUGCUAGCAGGCGGCGACUGAGCGGAGGCGUGAGCGUGCGGCGGCGCGUCAGGGCGGUGGACGCGACUGCGCCAGCGCCGCCGACGACGACGCCGCUCCAGCGGCUGCUCGCGGCGUGCCGGCGCGCGUUCGGGGGUCCCGGGACCGUGCCGGCGCCAGACGACGUCGCCCUCAUCAGAGGCAUCAUCGAUAAGAUGGGACCAGAAGACGUGCACCUGAGCGCCGUCACCAAGGCCGCCGCCGCUUGUGGCGUCCAAAGACGACGGCGCCGCCCGAUCAUCACGCGAACCACCAUCUACGAAUGCACAAACUUCUCGGUCGUGGUCUUCCUCCUGCCCCCGGGCGCGGUCAUCCCGCUGCACGACCACCGGGGGAUGACGGUGUUCAGCAAGCUCCUCCUCGGCUCGCUCCACGUCACCUCCUACGACUGGGCCACCGGCGCCGGCGCCGGCGCCGGGGCCGACGACGACCCUCCCGUCGUCGCCGGCGCUCCGGCCGCCCCCGGUGCUCCCCCGGCGCUGACGACGAGGCUGGCGAGGCUGGUGCUGGACGCCGACCUCCGCGCGCCGUGCGGCACGCUGGUGCUGUUCCCGGAGUCCGGCGGCAACAUGCACCGGUUCGCCGCGUCCACGGCGUGCGCGGUCCUCGACGUCCUCGGCCCGCCCUACUCCGGCGACCGGGACUGCACCUACUACCAGGACCUCCCGUACUGCCCCCAGUCCCAUCGUCUGCUCGCCGGCGCAGAUGAUGAGGAGGCCGCCGGCGUCGACGACACCGCACGCGCCGCGGAUGAGCAACGUCGUCGUCUGGGGUGGCUGGUGGAGACGGGCAAGCCCAGGGAGCUGGAGAUGUACGAGGUGCCGUACAAGGGCCCUCCGAUCCUGUAGAAGAAGAAGAACCCUGCAGAAGACAGCAGAGAUCGAUCAGAUGAUAUGCAGCUAGCGCAGAACGCAGAUGGAUGCAUGUGCAUGCCGUGUGCUUUCGUUCCCAAACAGUUUCAGAACGCAGCGCAGACCUCUUCCAGUCUGCUGAUCUGUAACCGUGUUGGCUACUCCUGUAGGUUUUCUUGUCCGGCCCCGUGAGCAGUGGCCAGUGGGCGAGCCCUCCACCCGGUUUCCGGAAUUGGCAACCCAGCGUGCCGCCGGCUGCUCCCACAUCUGGUUUCUUUCGCCAUCGCAGCUACUUGAUCUGGUAUACUUAGGCGAUCGCACACCUAACUACUCUUGGCCUACAC